ACCAUCUUCAACUAAGGGUUUUAGCAAUAUGCCUGAGAGCCACUGCCAGUCACUCAGGAGCUGCUGCAAUGCCCCACCACUCUCUGCCAUUGUACAUGGCUCUAAUCUUAUAAGCUUUGAAGAUGGGUUUUGUUUGCCCAGCAGCUGCCACAACAGAACCUGGCUCUUGGACAGCUCUCAAGAAACCCGCAGUGAAGCCACCAGCUGCCAAGUGACCAAUUGUGAACAGGACCAGUUCAGAGAGGAUACCUGUGCACAGAGUACCUGCCACUCCUCAGUUGUCCAAACAACGUGUUCCAAUUCCAAGCCCUGUGAAAGGACAACAUGCCCACCAGGAAGUUGUGCAGCAGUGCCGGAGAGUGCUUCUCAGACUUGCCAGCCAGCAAGCAAUCGGCACAGAGCUUUUGUAGCCCAGAGAUGCCAACCUGCAAGCUACAUGUUGCAGUAUCGUCCACUAAAGUCUUCUGUGUCUAGGUGUCACCAAACUCUGGAAUAUGAAUCUAGCCAAUGCCAAUCUCAGACCCUUACAUACAAUUCCUGUAGCCCUCUGGUCGAUGCUGCACCUGGGCCACAACUUCUGGAAUCUUCUAGCACUUAUGAGCCAACUUGCUGUGUUACUGGUGGUUUGCAAUUGCCUAGUAAGUGAAAAAAAAAUUGUAGAAGAUAUUAUUUAUACAUAUAUAUAUAUAUAUAAAUUGAUUUCUGUGAUAUUUAGGAUAUUCAUUUCUCUAAAUGUAAAAUAUUGUGUGUUUAUUAGUAAAUGAGCUUGUCUUUUUCUUCUGCGCUCUCCAAAGUAAGACUUUUUUUCUCUUUGGGGGAUUUCUGGUGGUACGUUGGGAUUGAAAAGCAUGUUAUAUAUUUUAGAUCACUAGACAUUAUUUAUUAUAGAGCAAUAAAUUUUAUCAGGGAAUAAAAUGAAUCCUUCAAAAGUUAACCUUACACUUUGUUCUAAUAGUUACCAUCUCUAGAAAUGAUUGACAUUGGAUCUGCUUAUUUACCAAUGUGCUAAUAAAUCAGAAAUCCAUAAAUGCCAGAAUUAAGAGAGACCUAAGCCCAUGUUUGUCUUAUGAAUUCAAAUAGACUCAAAUCUGCCAGAGACUGACUGCAGUUAUUAACAUUAUAAACAACUAAAAUCUGGGCCUAUUCAUUACCCAUUCACCAUUUUACCCACUGCAUCAAAACACAACUAAGUGAGCAAAGAGAUGGAAUCUACUGCUUAAAAAGUAUAUUUGAAUUCCAUUUCUAUGGACUCUAGGACCACAAAAUCCCCAAAGAUCUUUGAAAAAUGUUGAUUUCAAAUUUAGUAUCAUCACUAUUCUGCUAUUUCUUUUACUUUUUCACUAUUUCUUAAGUGAUUUAUAAGUUGGGGAAAUGUUCUUUCUGUUAAAUA